AUGACGACGCCAGUGAAGCCUUUUGGGCGGGGCCUAGGCCGAGCAGCUCCAGAGGCUGCGAUUUCACAUCGGAAACAAAACAGCGGCUGCUCGGGAAGGAGCCUCCCCUGCCAGGGGCCGGUGUCGGCGGCGAGAGAAGAGUAGACCUGAUCCGGGAGCCUGCAAAUGACAGCAGCCUGAGAGGUCCUUAGAAAGCUUGGCUUGGAGGAGAACACAUGAAAGAAAGAACCCCAAGAGGUUUUGUUUUCUGUGAAAAAGUAUUUCUAUACAUUUGCUCCAAUGACAGAGUUACCUGCACCCUUGUCUUACUUCCAGAAUGCACAGAUGUCCGAGGACAACCACCUGAGCAAUACUGUACGUAGCCAGAAUGACAGUAGAGAACGGCUUGAGCAUAGCAGUGAAAGACGGAGGCGUGGCAACCCUGAGCUAUCUAACGGAAGACCCCAGGGUAACUCACGGCAGGUGGUGGAACAAGAUGAAGAAGAAGAUGAAGAGCUGACGUUGAAAUAUGGCGCCAAGCAUGUGAUCAUGCUCUUUGUCCCGGUGACUCUCUGUAUGGUGGUGGUCGUGGCUACCAUCAAAUCAGUCAGCUUCUAUACCCGGAAGGAUGGACAGCUAAUCUAUACCCCAUUCACAGAAGACACCGAGACCGUGGGGCAGAGAGCCCUACACUCAAUUCUGAAUGCUGCUAUCAUGAUCAGCGUCAUUGUUGUCAUGACUAUUCUCCUGGUGGUUUUGUAUAAAUACAGGUGCUAUAAGGUCAUCCAUGCCUGGCUUAUUAUUUCAUCUCUGUUGUUGCUGUUCUUUUUCUCAUUCAUUUACUUGGGAGAAGUGUUUAAAACCUACAAUGUUGCCAUGGACUACAUUACUGUUGCACUCCUGAUCUGGAAUUUUGGUGUGGUGGGAAUGAUUGCCAUUCACUGGAAAGGGCCGCUGCGACUCCAGCAGGCAUAUCUCAUUAUGAUCAGUGCCCUCAUGGCCUUGGUAUUUAUCAAGUACCUCCCAGAGUGGACAGCAUGGCUCAUCUUGGCUGUGAUUUCAGUAUAUGAUUUAGUGGCUGUUUUGUGUCCAAAAGGCCCACUUCGUAUGCUGGUUGAAACAGCUCAGGAAAGAAAUGAAACUCUCUUUCCAGCUCUCAUUUACUCCUCAACAAUGGUGUGGUUGGUGAAUAUGGCAGAAGGAGACCCAGAAGCCCAAAGGAAGGUAUCCAAAAACUCCAAUUGUAACGCACAAAGCACAGAAGGUGAGUCCCAAGACCCUGUGACAGAGAGCGAUGAUGGUGGCUUCAGUGAAGAGUGGGAAGCCCAGAGGGACAACCGCCUAGGGCCUCAUCACUCCACGACUGAGUCACGAGCUGCUGUGCAGGAACUUUCCAGCAGCAUCCUAGCCAGUGAGGACCCAGAAGAAAGGGGAGUAAAACUUGGAUUAGGAGACUUCAUUUUCUACAGUGUUCUGGUUGGUAAAGCUUCUGCAACAGCCAGUGGAGACUGGAACACAACCAUAGCCUGUUUUGUAGCCAUAUUAAUUGGUCUGUGCCUUACAUUAUUACUCCUCGCCAUUUUCAAGAAAGCUCUGCCAGCUCUUCCAAUCUCUAUCACCUUUGGGCUUGUUUUCUACUUUGCCACAGAUUAUCUUGUACAGCCCUUUAUGGACCAGUUAGCAUUCCAUCAAUUUUAUAUAUAGUAUAUUUGCAAUUAGAAUCCCAUGGAUUUUUCUCCUUUGACUAUAAUUAAACCUGGGGAGGACAAAGAUGAUUUUACUGUGUCCACAUCUAACAAAGGCAAGAUUCCCAGCUGGACUUUUGCAGCUUCCUUCCAAGUCUUCCUGACCACCUGUACCAUUGGGCACUGGAAGAAGAUGUCUACAGAAAAUGGUUUUGAACACGCGUCAUCGUGACGGACUGAGUCCCUCGGUGCAAAAACUACCAGAUUUGAGGGACAAGGAGGAGGAGGAGGGACGGACCAAGAAGUUGCUGUGCUCCCACCAGCAAUUUGACCCUUGGUCACAGGUGGAUUUUACCAACACUGCAGACUCUCAGGACUACCAUUACCGAGAAGUUAAAUGACACGGUUUAAACCAAACAGGACUCUUCAUCUUAAACUACAUGUUGAAGAUCAACCUAAUAAACCUGUAUUGAACUCUGAACCUUUUCAGGAGGUAUUGUAAGGAGAGCAGGCACCAGCAGCAACACGAAAAGGUUUUUGAAAAGGGGCUCUAACUUUCACUUUAAAACCUUUCUGCUGCAGACUUAUCAUUUUUAAAUAAGAUUUUUUUUUUCACCUUGAGUCAAGUCAGAUAUGUAGGUUGAUUUUGAAAAUUUUUGUUUUCAAGCACUGAAACUCAUCUAUGGUUGCAUUUCUUCCCAUGGCCAGUCUGAACUUACUUUAUCCUAAAAGUCUUAACCUCAGGUUCCAAAUUCAGUAAUUUCUGGAAAGAAUGGAACUGUAUCUAAACGGUUUCCUGUCAGCCUUAGGUGAAUUCUGGGUUUUCCACCAAAUUCUUUAUUUUUAGACAUACUUGUAGGUUUACUUGCCCUGGAUGCUUCCAUUGUUCCCAUCUCUCCCUGACUCCCCAUAAGCAUUCUCUUCUACAGCAAAUGAGACAGCUCUGUUGUGGUAGCAGAUGAUCCAGUUAUUCUAGGAUUUUACUCUUUGUGUGGUGCAAAGAAUGUGUUAAUGAAUCAGUGCUGUCAGCCUCACUGUCAUAAUUUCUUGAGUAGCAAAUACAAUGUGUGCCCAAAGACAGUAGAAUUAAAGAAGAGUAAAAUGGCUGGUGAAGCACUUCCUGUCCUGUUUUUUCUUUUUUUUACUACAACCCAUUCAUUGUCUCUGACACUAGGUCAGAAUUUAAACCAAUAGCCCAAAGCUGGUGGAUUAUAAAGUCAGUUGUAUCAGUACAAAGCAAGAAUUUGGAGAAAGCCAUGAUUUUACUCGGUGAGCCACGGGAGAACCAAGGGUCAGGAGGCGAACCAGAUGCCGAGAAGAGAAAAGAUGGGACCACUAACAGCCAAUGGGACAAAAUGAGUUAAUGUCCGUGGGCAGAUCUUAAGGAGGAGAACCAAGUUAUUCCUCAAGAACCUCACAUUGGGUGUUUUGUGCUUUCCCUUCUGCCUUACCUUUCAUUUCAGUGUACCUUUGUACCUUUGAAGUGGGCAGUGGAGUUGAGGUCCUGCGCAGUUCAGCUGGACAGUGCACAUAAACGGAGCCAUCAGCCUGUGGGCACAUGACACCUUUAAAUGGAGCUUUGCUGGGCAUAGCCCUUCUUUUACCACUGACCACCUUUAGCCACAGUGAUCAGAUUAUAAGCGUUUGUGAGACAUUUAGUCUCCCCCUGUGGCUGAAGAAGGCCAGCUUUUCUUCCUGUUCCUGCUUUCUCUCCAGCCUAUCAUAUGAUCUAGUUUGCAGUUCCCUUUGGAGGUUGUUUUUUUUUUUUUUUUUUUUUUAAUGUUUUAUUUUAUUUUUUUGAGAGACAUAGAGCGCCAGCUGGGGAGGGGCAGAGAGACACACACACACACACACACACACACACACACACACACAUAUACACACACACACACACGGAAUCCGAAGCAGGCUCCAGGCUCUGAGCUGUCAGCACAGAGCCUGAUGUAGGGCUCGAACCCAUGAACGCGAGAUCAUGACCUGAGCUGAAGUUGGACGCUCAACCAACUGAGCCACCCAGGUACCCUGUCCUUGGAGUUUAGAAUAGUUGUUUUCUGUCACAGCAUAUUUUUUUAUAAGAAACUAAAUUUAGCAGUAGUGUGCUGUUGGAGUAUAACUGGAGUAUAAGUAAAAACUGGCUCAUAUUAGGUAGUUGAGAAAUGCAGGAAAAACAAGUCAAUGCACAGAAAGAGUGGGGUUUGAAAUAGGUUCUCGCAUCUCUUUGCUUAGCCCCUUUUUUCCAGGAUUCUUUUUCCUCAUAUAUAGCAAUGUGGGUAUUAACUUCUAGAAAGACACAUGAUUGAACCACUACAGCAAAGCCACCUGAAUAUGUUCAUGAUUUGAGGCAGUCUUGAGGGAGCCCUGAUCUAGACUAGUUAGUGCGAAGGUCCCAAAAGUACCAUAUCUUUCACAAAAGGUUUUAUCCCAGAAGAGGGUAUGUGGUGUGUGUGUGUGUGUGUGUGUGUGUGUGUGUGUGUGUGUGUGAUUUAAUCCAUCCUUUGUAUCACUGUCCUAUGUAGAAAGAUGGCAAUAAAUCUCGCUUUCUGCAGGAUGGACCACAGCUCAGCAUAGAACUCUUUUCUUUAAAUCGCCAAUCUCAGAUACAGAACUUUGAACUUUCUUCUUAGGGUUAAUUCAGUUGUUUUUGAAAUGUCAAAAUGCUAGUCUUCCACCAUGAAAACUAGAUUAUCACCAGGGAAAACAGUAGCAAGUCCACUGAGGAUGUGCCCUCACACAGGGCAGGAGUGGCUGUGGAGCUGUCUAAACAGAGCAGGAUCAGCCCAGGCAACCUGCUUAAUGAAGAGGAGGAAGAAGAGUGACCACUAAUGUCUGGGUCUGACUGGCCUACGGAACCAAGAGUGUGUACAUACAGAAGGUUGCUACAAACUAGCCUGUGGGCAUACCAACCGUAUUUGGAAGAUUACGGACCUUUUUUCAAAGAGGAAGAGCGUGCUUUCCUGUUUUUGAUUCUCACGAGGUUAGUGUAUGGUCGGUCCUAGGAUCACCGCUCUCACUGUAAAUGAUUAAAUUUCUUGAUUAGAAAAAAAAGCUUUCUAAGCAACUUGAAAGAAAAUCAUAAGUGAAUGAUUUAUUGAUUUUGCUACAGAAGCAUGGGCUUUUCACUUUUGAGUUCUUGAAUCCUCACUUUUUAAAGUGUCUCCUGUUUUUAAAAACCCUUCUUCCAUAACCAGUGUCCAUACAGUAAGUUUAGUACUUGGCCUUUACUUGGCCUCAGAAAACUAUAUAGUCAUCCUGGUCAUAAUUUGUAGAAUAUGAGACAAAGGUUAAGCUCCCACAUAAGAUCCUCCAGGGUCAGCGUCUUGAGGAAGCCUGACCUCCAGGGCCUGGCCUUGCGCAUUUGCCCCAUUCAUGAUCUAGCCCUAGAAGAGAAAGAGCUCAGAGGCCACUAUGAAAACAUUUAUUCAGUGUCUUCCAUGUUCCUGGCAUGGUGCUCGAGUCUAAAGAUGUGAAGAUGAGUAAGACCUAUCCUCAGAAUACAUCUAUAGUUUCCUGUUUCCUGAUAGACGCCAUCUUGAACUUCUCUAAAAUAUUGGGUACUUGUCAGUAACCCCUUCUUAUGGUUACCAUCACUGAGGGCUUAUAAAAUUGAUGUUAUAAAAGUGAUCUUGAUUCUUCCAGAAACCAACCCUUUCAAUGAAGUCCUCCUUUUCCUCUAUCUGCUUUUGGAUAGUCUAUAACGGCCUGACCCGCCAUUCUCCUCACCUCCGGGGGUGUCCACAAAGCUGACUCUGCAAAGGGAACUUGAAAACUGGACAUUUGGUCUUGCCCUGGGAUGAAACAGUAUCAUCAUCAUGAGUUUGAGACCAGAAGUGAUCCUUAAUGAUUUUCUUGCUUCUCUUUAAAUGCCCCCAAACACAGAAGAUUAAAGACAAUGGUUUCAACUCUUCACAGGCUUCAGUGAAAUUGCUGAGCAGUGUACUAACAAAGGUGUCGUCAUGCUCACCUCCUGAAUCCUCUGGAUGGCAUCAUCUGAACCAUCCUCUCCUCUGGCAGGAAACACCUCAGAUGCGUGCAUUAAAAAUCAGCCUGGUGCUGAAACGAACCCUUUCUUUGAAUGUUUACCAGGGCCUUGGAUGCCUGCAACAGUGCCCUCAGGAAGUAGCUGGGGGUCCACCCUGGGCCCUGGAACGUGGUGUUAGCACUUGAGCCUGGUGUGCGUAGCAGGAAAGAUUUCCCAGGAAGCAGUUUUCCUUUGAAAAUAAAUAAUUGUUGCAAAAGGGCAGCUUCGAAAUCAAUCAGCUGUAGAAAGUAGUACAGGAUUGUUCACCCCAGGAUUGGAGGUGCUGGCUGCAGGCUUCAGCGGGAACGUUGACAUGUUUGUCGUCUGGCUUUUGCUUCUACAGGCACUGCUUUGUACAUGAUUCAGACAGACUGUGAAUACGUCUUUUUUAAAAUACCUUUCAGAUUCUUGGUGAGAUAUAAUUUUGAUAGAUUGCAGGUUUUCCUGUGUUUGUCAAAUUAAUAAAGACUGCAUGAAUCCAGCUGUGCUAAUUUUCUUACAUGAAAGUAGCGUAAUUUGUAACUGGGAACUGCUGAACCUUUAUCAGGACACCAUUAAGAAACACAAAUGCGUUGUUCCGGUUAUUCACUCAAAAUGGAAGGGUAUGGACCAUAGCAGGCCACAGCUCUGA